AUGACUAUAUGUUUAAAAGAUAGGGGCUGUUCUUGGUACCAGAAUCCUCAGACAUUCGAUGCUAGUAUUUGUGGGUUGUGUGACUUCCUUUUAAUAAUCUUUAGCAUUUUUGAAUUGUCAAUCCGAGUAAGUAUGACAUAUCAAUUUUGCGCAGAAUGCUCAAUUUUAGGAGACGUAUACGAAAUCGAUGUACUCAGUGCAGUGCUCAGGUCUGAUCUCAAAGCAUUUCGCGAUGCAAUCAGUAUUCUCAAACGAAGAGUCGUCCAACAAGUAUCUGAUGAUCGGUUUGAACCUCAUUUGCUGGAACAGAUCGAUCAAAAUAUUCAGCAGAACAAUCCGUACAUUACAACACCGGUGAAACUGGAGCAAUCGCUGAUGGAAGGCGUUUAUAAUAAGGUGGUUCUCACGGAAAAGAAUAUUCCCAGCCCGUAUUAUGCUCUUUUUAUUCGCAUAUCAAUGGAUACUGUCCGGUAA